AUGGGAGAAUGGACCAUCCUGGAGCGCCUCCUGGAGGCCGCCGUGCAACAGCACUCUACUAUGAUCGGAAGGAUCCUGCUGACAGUAGUGGUGAUCUUCCGUAUCCUGAUCGUUGCCAUCGUUGGUGAGACCGUGUACGAGGACGAGCAGACCAUGUUCAUCUGCAACACUCUGCAGCCCGGCUGCAACCAGGCCUGCUACGACAAGGCCUUCCCCAUCUCCCACAUCCGGUACUGGGUCUUCCAGAUCAUACUGGUGUGCACGCCGAGCCUCUGCUUCAUCACCUACUCCGUCCACCAGUCGGCCAAGCAGAAAGACCGGCGCUACUCCUUCCUGUAUCCCAUCAUGGAGAGGGACUACGGGGGUAGGGACGGGGCGAGGAAGCUCCGCAACAUCAAUGGGAUUCUAGUUCAGCACGGCGGUGACAGUGGAGGAGGGAAGGAGGAACCCGACUGCCUGGAGGUGAAGGAGAUCCCCAACGCCCCGCGGGGCCUCACCCACGGGAAGAGCUCCAAGGUUCGCCGGCAAGAAGGGAUCUCCCGCUUCUACAUCAUUCAGGUGGUGUUCAGAAACGCUCUGGAGAUCGGCUUCCUGGCGGGCCAGUACUUCCUCUACGGCUUCAGCGUGCCUGGGAUAUUCGAGUGCGACCGCUACCCGUGUCUGAAGGAGGUGGAGUGCUACGUGUCCCGCCCCACUGAAAAAACGGUUUUCCUGGUGUUCAUGUUCGCGGUGAGCGGCAUCUGCGUGGUGCUCAACCUGGCGGAGCUCAACCACCUGGGCUGGCGCAAGAUCAAGGCCGCCAUCAGGGGCGUGCAGGCCCGCAGGAAGUCCAUCUGCGAGAUCAGGAAGAAGGACAUGGCGCAUCUGUCCCAGCCGCCCAACCUGGGGCGCACCCAGUCCAGCGAAUCGGCCUACGUCUGAUGACGAGUAGAAGAUUAAAAAAGAGGAAGGAGGAGUGGGGAGAAUGUGCAAGAGAGAGAGAAUGACUUAAUUAUGAUUUUAAUUUAAUGAAGAUGGUGCGGAGAUGACCCCCAUCCUCUGCGAUGAUGUGAAUGAAACAGAAUGUAAAAAAGACAAAAACCUCCGGCUCUUCGACUUUGAGAGUCAAGAAGGAGGAGGGGA